AUACUAGGUCAUUUAUAUGACAUACUAGGUCAUAAUAAUGAGAUGGUAAGUCGCAAUUAUGACCUACUAGAUCAUCUACGUGAGAUACUACAUCGUCAUUUUGAUAUGCUAAGUUAAAAUUAUGGAAAACCUAUAAACUCAUAAUUACGACUUAUUUGCAAUGUAUUUUUUUUUCGAGUGGUGGAAACGAGCUUCCAUACCAACAGCAAAACAGACAGAAUUAUUACUGAAGUAGAAAGUAUCUAAAGCCAAUCCUCGACAUGAAGACAGGUGCUCCAUGCGGGUUUACUGGGAAUAAACUAGUGCGGAUUAAAUGAUUCAGCAAUUUAAAUGCAGUAUCCAAAGAUCAGAACAGUGUAUUGCAGGGCUGCGUGAUCUUCUACACCGGUUACUCGAGGUAUUCAGGACCUGGUGGUUAAACGUGCCGUCCACAGUAUGCUGAAUAUUUCAGAUUGUUUUGAAAGAACAGUUUAAAGUCCACAUUUUUCCCCCAAAGCAAUUAGUGUUUAUUACACCCCGACGUUUUUAACAUCUAAAAUAUUGAGAAUCUUGGGCUCAGAACCCAGAAUCGUAUCAAGCGUUAUACAGUGUUUAACGUUACACCCCUGCUGGUUCUGUUUGUUUAGGGUGCCAAGCUGUUGCAUCUAACUGGAGUCUGAGCCAAUCACGUCUCUACACCCGUCGGGCCUUUGAAUUUUACUCAGGCCUCCUUCUGUCUGGCCCACAUGAACGCAGGAUUUCUUCUCGGCUGCGCUGAGCGCCAUGCCUGACCGGGAUAGCGCCUACCUGGCAGGCGGCGGUGGGGGCGGCAGCGCGGCGGGGGUGGGCACAGGGGUAGUUGGUGAGGACGGGGGAGCCGGCUCGGGUUUGCCCGGAGGCGGCGAAGGCCGAGGGGGAGUUGGUGGAAGCUCGGCUGGCUGUGGCGGGAGUAGCAGCGUGUCUGGGGCCAUGGGAUGCGGCGGGGCCCUGGGUAACGGCCAUAACUGCGGUGGAGCCGGCGGGGGCUUCGGGGCCGGUCUGGCGUUAGACGGCGUAUGCCGGGACUUCUUGCGCAACGUGUGCAAGCGCGGCAAGCGCUGCCGCUUCCGGCACCCAGACUUCAAUGAGGUGCCUGACCUGGGCGUGCAGAAGAACGAGUUCAUCUUCUGCCACGACCAUCAGAACAAGGAGUGCGUGCGAACCAACUGCCGUUUCGUGCACGGCUCCAAGGAGGACGAGGACUACUACAAGAAGACGGGCGAGCUGCCCCUCUGGCUGAGGUGGAAAGUGGCUGCGGGUCUCGGCCUGUCGCCCACCGACCUCCCUCAGAACCGGGGGGAGGCGCCCAUCUGCAGGGACUACCUGAAAGGGGAGUGCCAGCGAGGCAACAAGUGCAAGUUCCGCCACGUGCGGAAAGACCACGAACUCGAGGCCUCGCGGGUCGGCAUGGGGGGCAUGAUGGGGGUCUCGGGCGGGGUGAGUGGGAUGGUGAACGUGGGCAGUGGCGGAGUGGGGAGUGGAGGUGGGGUCUGUGGUGGGAUGUCCGGGCUGGUUGGGGGAAGUGGAGGGAACCUGAUGGGGAUGGGAAGCCCUAAUCUAGGAGGCUGCAGGGAGCAGGGACUGUGCGGUGGGGGAGGUGUAGGAGGCUCAAUGAGCAGUUGUCUGUCUGUGGGGGCUGCCAGCCAGCGACGCUACGACAGGGGUCCCUGUUCAGUCUACGACCCACUUUUUGAGAAUGGGCUGUUUGAGGCUGGGCCGCUGGAGACCCCUGUGGACCACACGGCUCUCCAGCUGAAGAGGAGGCGCUUGGAGGGUCUGCGAUUGGCUGAGGGCGCUGGUGGAGGGCAUUAUGACCUGGGGGUGCAGGCCACCCUGACCACCCGGCCACUGGAGUACCGCCUCCUAGAGGAGGAGAACGCUUUACUGAGGAAGAGGGUGGAGGAGCUGAAGAAACAGGUCUCCAACCUCAUCGCCACCAACGAAGUCCUACUGGAGCAGAACGCUCAGUUCCGCAGCCAGGCUAAAGUCAUGACUCUGUCCACCACCCCUGCCCCGUCUGAGCAGAAUCUGGCGCCCCCUGUUGGCUCUGUGAGCUCUUACAACCACGGCAUUGCCCAGACUCACACCACCCUGAGCAGUGCCGGCCUCCAGCCUCGCCCCGUCACCCAGCAGGACCUGGUCGCUCCGGCAGGAGCGCCUACGGCCCCGCCGGCCAACGCCGCGCCCCCGACCGCCCCGCCGCCCCACCUGAACCCAGAGAUUGCCCCCCUCUCUGCUGCGCUCGCUCAGACUAUCGCGCAGGGCAUGGCCCCGCCCGUUUCUAUGGCACCUGUCGCGGUCUCUGUGGCACCGGUUGCCGUGUCCAUGGCGCAGCCGUUACCGGGCAUCACGAUGAGUCACGCCACAACGCCGAUGGUGUCGUAUCCCAUCGCAAGUCAGAGUAUGAGGAUCACCACACUGCCACAUUAGCAGACGCCAGCAUCGGUCAGAACUCAUACAGCCGGUCAGCUUCUCCAUGGACCUGAGAAAUGACUACUGCACACCAGCACGCUGAGCUAUGAGGAACCCAGCACCUCCCUUUAUUUCUGAUGAAGAGUUUUAAUGAUCAGUUGCUUCUGACAGCCUGUAAACCAGUGACGUGUUUGGACUAAAGUCACGUAUGAACGUCAUUGAACGCGGAAUUGUCCGUGUAACGUAUUCCAUUACCCGUCGAUUUACUGGAAAUUUACACGUUUGCUCUCAUUUGUGGUCUUUUUUUUUUUUUGUGGAAUUACGUUUAUGUGAAGUGAUUUUUUGAUCUUUUUGCACAAAAUGAAUGAAAAUGUCAACCAUA